CGUAGUCCUCUGUUUCUUCGGACGUGAAGUAUGACCACCAUGGCGAAUCUCUCUGCCUUGCUCCUCGCCUUCGCCAUGUACCUGGUUUCCCCAGUGGUGGACGCUGGAGGCGUCAGUUAUGUUGGCUCAGGCUAUGGUGGCCUCGGAUAUGGGGCUGGUGGCUACGGAGGUCUUGGCUACGGUGGCCUGGGUGGUACCGGCCUAGGUGGAGUGGGCUUGGGUGGUGUCGGCCUAAGUGGAGCGGGCCUUGGUGGUGUUGGCCUGCUUGGAGCUGGCCUGGGUGGAGCUGGCCUGGGUGGUGUCGGCCUGGGCGGUGUCGGCUUGACUGGAGCUGGCCUGGGUGGAGCUGGCCUGGGUGGUGUUGGUGUGGGCAGCAGCGUUGCUCUCCUUAGUGGGGGACCCGCCUUCGCCAAGCUGGUAGCUGGGCCAGCUUUUGUUGUCAGAACCGUUCACCACGUUAACAAAGUCAAUGCUGGAGGUGCCCUCCUCGCCCACUCCGGCCUGGGAAGUGGAUACGGACGUGGCGGCUAUGGGGGCUAUGGAGGAUACGGCGGAUAUGGAAUUUAUGGUGGAUACGGUGGCUACGGCUACAAAGGCUAAUUGUUUCGUUCCCUGACAUGCUGUUUCAUUUGUACCAUUCAAAUGUACGAUAGAUUAUUUUUACACUUAUUUUACCAAUACAUCAAUAAAGCAUUCUAUGUGGUUUCAUUCUCGUUUCUCACUAAAUAGGUGUGUGGACUGCCACCGUCCAUAAUUACUCAAAAGAAAGCUUAUUGUGGUGUCCGUAGGUUUACGGUUCUAUUCGCAUAAAUCUCUCAUUGAUGAGAGUUGUGCACUGAGGAAGAAAAUCUGCUUGGGUUUCUACUAUUGUUAAUAAUUAUUUUUCUCUUACGAAAGGCAUGACCAAGACUUGAUAUGCCUGAUAAUAAUUAGUCUUUGAGACCUGAAUAUAAGACUGAGACUUCACUGAGACCUCCCAACAGCUACUUGUUCACUUCGCUUGAGACUUACACAGAUCAUAAAUGGUGUAUGCUAUAUACAUUUCCGCUGAAAUAAAAAAGGCUGGACCCUCGCUUAGCGAUAGGCGAUAUACAUGAAGCAUUAGCACUAUCACAUACUUUUUGGAUCUGCUCUUCAAAAAGCAAUGAAUAAGUUCUUUUUGAAUAUGAAAGAGUUUCCUAUUAUAACCAUCAUGGUGAGACGCAUUUUCAAAAAGCACUAGCUUUUCUGGCGUUUAUGUGCACGACGCUUUGCUUUAGCUUAAAAAGUAGUGUCAUGGUACAGGCACCUUACGCUGCGUUGCGUAAAUUUAAUAACUUGAGACGUGAAUAGUUCUAAUACAAAUGACCGAAACCACACAAGCAAAGUUAACAAUCAGGCUCCCGUUCAUUCUUGUCCUAUACGAGAGUAAAUAAUUAAUGCGCACAGGAUUUCUUAUUGAAACCUAUUCAAUAUGACAACAAUAAAGGAGCACUGGAACAAAAACUUGGCUCCUCGCAUUUUCUUUAUUCAAUAGGGAGCUUGUCACCCAGUUAACAAAACUGGAAAGCUCAUUUGCUUGAGUAGGCAACGCUUAUUUAAUUAGCGACGGUUUACAGCUCUCAGACGUAGCUGCGGUUUCAAAGAGCAUCGAGGUGGGGAAGACAAGUUCCCAUUGGCUAUGCAAACACCACUAGACAAGUCACUGUGCAAAGUAGUGGCGUCAGAACUGCGAGGAAGCGGACACCACAUUGACUAGGCAACACAAACACAUGAACUCAUUAAAUCAGUUUAUUUACGCAGCACAAUGUUGAUGUCGGUGCCGUGACGCCCUCCCCAUCUUGCUCAGUUUCACGGCAUGCGCUUUAAAAUUGUUUUCAAAAUGAAUAUGUUGUAGUAUAUAUUUAAACCUCCUAUAUAUUAGAUGUUGUGUGUCUCCUCAUAGAACUGUCUCACUUAUCUCGUCCUGGAAAGUUUGCGUCAGUGCUCCUAUAAAAUCGUACAAAAUUAACAGAAAUAUAAAACUUAUGCUAAUUGACUACAACCACAACCAACGCGAUUCAAGGAAAAAUAAUUUACACCGAAAAGACUAUGAGAUCAAUAAUGUUGAGAAGUCAUGAACCAUAAGCCUAUUUUUUGCAGUUAGGUUGAGUAGCUUUCUUGUGCGCCUGGUAUUUUACGAGUGGACUAUUGUCAAGCUAUUUGCAACUGUCCUCGCCAAUAAAAGAUUACAGCAAGUCUAUAUAAUUCAGUCUCAGUACAAUGUCCGGUCUUUUAGUUUACUAUACUCGGUGACAACACUCUGUGGCAGCAGGAGAGCCAAGGCUUGAAAGCCCAAAAAAUUGGCAAAUCCUACGUACAGUGGGAAUCAAUGAUAUUCAAAGCGCGAAUGAGAAAUGUUGACAUGUCACUUUAAAUCAGCAGAAUGUUACGAGGUGGAAGUAAAUGAUUCCGUACAU